AUGACCAAAAUACAUUCGGCUGUGAUGAAAGAUCAUGACGGGAAUUGGAGGAAAGAUCAACGAGAUCGGCAGCGGGUUCCAGCAAUUACCAAUGGCCGUACCAAUCCAGCCAAACCAAGUAUAAACAAGGUCAAGAAUUCGAUAGAAUCGAUGGCUUUGAGCCCGCCAGAUAGCGACGUGGUGAAAAAAAAGUUGGAACAAAAUCAAAUGAAGGGCAUUUGGAGCCAAAGUGGCGGGAACAUCGAGUAUCUGUUCUGUAAGGUUCUCCUAGGGGUGCUAUUCGCAUUAUAUGCUGGUAUUCGCUAUGUUCAAUAUGAAUUCAACCGUAUCAAAAUUUUGGUUUUGAACUUAGCCUACAAUCCGUCGAACUCUCCACAGUUGAUACGCCAGGACGUGAUGAAACUAGAGAAAUUGCCGAGGCGCCUGGCGGCCAUCUUGGAAAAAAAGCGUGAGGGAGAUGUAGGUGGCGGUGUUAGUGGUAUUCUCAACGACGGCAGCGAGCUGGUUGCGUGGUCCGUGUCAGCGGGAAUCAAGCACCUGUCGUUAUACGACUACGAUGGCCACCUCAAGCGUAAUGUCGACGACUUUCGCGAUAAUGUUUUCCAUAAGCUUUCCAAAUUUUAUGACCCAAAGAACGUGCCCAAAUUUGCCGUACGCAUCCCACAGUGGAAUAAGGUGUACUUCAACUCACCCGGAAGUGAAGCCAGUGAGAGUAAGAAGGUCCUAAUAGAAAUUUCGUUACUCUCUAAUCGAGACGGGCGCGAGACCAUCAUUGAUCUAACGAAGGCUAUGGCAGAGCUGUGUGCCAAAAACGAGAUGAAGCUGUCCGAUAUCACCAUGAAACUAAUCGACACCGAACUCAUCCAGCUUGUAGGCCAUGAACCCGAUCUGCUCCUCUAUUUUGGACCCAGCCUGGACCUACAAGGGUUUCCGCCAUGGCACAUACGACUAACCGAGCUCUAUUGGGAGCAGGACAAUGAUCAAGUCACUUAUUCUGUUUUCAUUCGCGGGCUAAAGAAAUUCGCUGAUUGUAAGAUGAAUGUGGGAAAAUAA